AUGUCUUCAUAUUACAACUACAACCACCACCAACAACCGACCGCUCCCGCGCCCGGCCUGUCCCACAACCACCACGGCGGCCGUAACCGGAGGGCACCGAGGUUGUCGGUAUCGCAGAACUCCCACAGACAGUUCCGCGGCGUGAAGAGCAUGAAGGAGCUGAGUGAAACCGCCGGCGUGACUGCCUUCCGAAAUCAAUUCGAAGCCAGCCGUUCGUUCGACCUCGAGGAUGACAUGGAGUUCUGCCCCAAGCUAUUAUCAGAAACCGAUCUGGUAUCAAUAAGCAGCGCUUCUUCCGAUCGUUCCUCGCUGUCCAGCAACUCUCCUAAUGUUUCACCGACGCAACACACGCAGCAGAUUGCGUCGACCUUUUCUCUCAACUCAUCCUCUCCGGCUUUCGUUCCUCCGACUUUCCAAAGCCACCAGUCGAGCUUGAAGUUGCAUCAGCCUGCCGCAACCCGUGCCCGCAACGCCAUCCCCAUCAUCAACCCGGCCAAUGGCCUGACCAUGUCGAGCCCGCCGCCAUCCGUGUCGCCUGGUCGGAUGCAUCAGCACCACCAACAUCAGCACCCCAUCGGCAGACGGUGGUAG